CGUCGUCUAAAGUUGUCUGCAUACUUCUUUUUUCUCUUUUCUGCAUUUUCCCUUUUGAUUGAUUUGAAUAUUUCCUGCUUGUUAUGGCUCACAGAGAAGGAGUGACCACCGCCACACGAGAUUGGACUAUGGUCCAUGCUUCGGCGCUUGUAAAAAAUCAAAAAGUAGUGACCAUUGAUGGGGCCAUGCCUGUGGAAGAAGCCUGCAAUGUCCUUGUUGAACACAAUAUUUCUUCUGCCCCGGUUUAUAACGGUCAUCACGAAGCUAAAGAUCAUGCCAUUACGCAUCCGCGGUCGUAUGUUGGCAUGAUUGACUAUGGUGACUUUAUGAGCUAUAUUCUCUUGGUACUACAAAAAUGCCCCGCUCCCAUCAAUUCGGGCGAAAACGUCCCAGGCGAUACAUUCGAAGUCAAAGAUAUUGUACGACGCGCUCUCGCCGGUCAAAGUAUCCCCGUCAAACUCGCCAGUGAUUUAUCCCGAAAAAACCCUUUCUAUUCCAUCCUUCCUGAAGCGACAUUACUUUCUGCCAUGGAAGAAUUCGCCUGUGGCAUUCAUCGUGUAUGUGUGAUGGCCGCCGAUGGUGAAGUCCUGGGAAUCCUUUCCCAGUCAACAGUGGUUCAAUAUCUGUUUGACAAUCGAAAGUCUUACAGCGACAUUGAACAGUUGAUGAACCAAACUUUGCGUCAAUUGAACUUGGGCGAAGCAGAUGUCAUUGCUGUGGGUGCCGAAUCCAUUGUACUGGAUGCUUUAUCAUUAAUGCGUCAAUACGGCGUUUCAUCCGUGGCCGUCUUGGGUAAUAAUGGGGAAAUUGUGGGGAACAUUAGCAUGACCGAUGUCAAGAGUUAUCGAUAUCAACUGCUGUGGACACGUUGCUUCCAAUUUGUCCGCAUUGUACGUACGCAACAGGGAAUUGACGACGGUCAGGAUCGUUUACCAGUAUUCGAUGUCCGCCUUGACACCACGCUUGGUUAUGCAACGGCGAAAUUGCUGGCGACCAAAUCUCACCGUGUGUGGGUAACGGAUGAAAGAGAUCGAGCGAUCGGCGUUGUUUCUCUCACCGAUAUUAUUCGAGUCAUCGCAGCCAGCGCCGGCAUCAACAUUCGUGCCGAGAAAGAUGCUACCAAAUCAACUCCAUCGUAAAAAACCAUGCCUUUUUCUGCUUUUUUUUUUCUUUUUAUUCAGCUUGUGUAUAUUUUAUGUCUUUUGCGUCUGUUGUGUUUUUGCAUAUAAUGAUCAGAUCUUGUUCGAACAAGUUAAGAAAAAUUCCGGGUAAACAUAGAUCGAUCUAGUCUAGUCAGUCAUAGUUUCAAAUGGUAAACCCACGGUUGAUUCACUGUAUUUGAUAAACAUGUCUUGAUAAAAAAAAACUGUCAGUAGUGGAGUUGAAAAGUCAUGCCCU